AUGGCAGACUGGGAUUUCCCCAUGGACACGUCCUCGGUGGCGGAGGGAUCUGCAUACCCCGAUAUCGAUGAGACUCUACACUACCCAUGGCAGGGCCAACAAUCAGCCACCGAUCAUCUUGUAACAUCGGUGAUUGACCCUCGUUUGUAUGGAGGGACAUUGCCUCAAAACGAACCAGAACCAGAAUCCGAAGCCCAGCAAGAUUACUCGGCCGAUGAGCUAUCAGAAGAGAGCCAAGUCCGACCUCCGGAUCUGACUGGAGAGGAUGACGAUUCUGAAUUUGUCUACACAGAGGAAGAUAAUGACAGCGGGGAAGAGGAAGACGAUGAACCUCUUGAAGACGAUGAUGAAGAUUCAGCUGGGGCGCGGCGGCGUCGCCGGCGAGGUGGAGGCCGCUUCUCUGGCCGUUGGGGCGCACGCGGUGGUAAGGGCAUCAAGAGAGGCCCCCGGAAGCCGCUGGAACCUGGUCCGGAAUUCAAGAUGUAUCAUUCCGGGGCCACUGAAGCCUUCAUUGAUGGCAAUUACGAGCGUGCCACCGAGCUGGUGAUGCAAGCUAUCCAAGUCAACCCGGAGAUGUUUACGGCUCAUUCGUUGCUGUCGGAGAUUUUUCUCGCUCAAGGCCAAAAAGACAAAGCCCUGGCGGCUCUGUGGAACGGUGCGCAUACACGACCAAAAGUUCCUUCCGUGUGGAUGAAGGUUGCUCGGCUUCUCUUGGAGCGUGCAGGUGAAGAUCGGCAAAGCGCUCUGAACGACGUGAUCUAUUGCUACAGUCGCGUGAUCGAAAUUAGUCCCAAGAGCUAUAAUGUCCGAUAUCAGAGGGCGGCAGUCUAUCGCGAGCUCGGAUACAACGGUCGCGCCGCUGCCGAGUACGAGCGGAUUCUGAAGGACCAGCCAAACAGUCCCAAGGCCCUUCGAUCCUUGGCAGAAAUCUACAUUGACCUGAAUGACGUGCCAAGGGCAAUCGAGCAUUGGACAGAAAGUGUUGACUACUAUCUGACGCGCGACCCAGAGACAGUCCGUGAUUUUGGCUGGUCUGAUGUCAACAUCUACGCUGAGCUUUUCGGCUACAUUGGCCAACCCGAUGAGGGGCUCCAUGCUCUCAAAGCACUUGGAAGAUGGCUUCUCGGCCGCAAGGAUGAUGAGAUGUGGGAUGAUUUCGAGGAUGAUGACCGGGAAUGGGACCCGGAAGACUCACCUCGUCGUAUCAAGACUGAUGGGUUCAUCCCAGGCCAGUGGCCUCGGGAUGUCUACGGUCUUGGGCUUCCGCUUGAGCUUCGAAUCAAGAUGGGCUUGUUCCGCCUGAAGAUGGGCGAAAGAAAUCACAAUGAAGCUCUGCACCACUUUGAAUGGCUGAACCCAGACGAUACUGCAGAAGGGGCCCGGAUCUUUGAUUAUGGUGACCUAUUCCGCGAGGUCGCAGAUGCUUUGAAGGAAUUUGGAUUGCUCGACGAAGCGCUCCGCUUCUAUACCCCAAUUCAAGAAACUACUGAAUAUGCAGACAUCAGCUAUUUCAUGGCCAUGGCUGAUUGUUACACACAGCUGGGUAAAGUGGAGGAUGCAGAGACUUGCUACCUUACUGUUGCCGAGCAUGAUUCAAAGAAUAUGGAAUCGCGCGUGGAGCUUGCGAAACUCUAUGAAAGCCUCGGAAUGAGCGAGCAGGCCUUCAGGUUUGUUAACGAGGCCGUUCUCAUUGGGCGUCAGGAAACCAGAACCCGCCGACGAAGAAAGGACAAUAGGCUUGAGCAGUUGGCCGAUGAGUUCAGGACUGGGGCUGUAGCCCCUAGAUCGAUUGCACCCAGACCUACUGAUGGACUUGCAUUCACGGCAGCAGCAGCCGGCGGCCGGAGAAGGUCACUUGACGGAGAAGGCAAUCGAACGGAGAAUAUACAGUUCCUGUACAGCAAGAUGCAGCAACUGGAGCCACUCAUCAAGGAAGGAGACACAGAAGCCAUUGAGGACUGGCUUGACAUUGCCGAUGCGCUGCUGCGUGACUUUAAAUCCAAUCGCAGUUUCUAUCCUAUCGCGCGCACAAUGGAAUUCCGAGGAUAUACGAGCGACGCACAACGAAAAUCCAGCAAAGGCAAAGAUAUGACCAUGAUGAGCGAAAUGGAAGAGAUGGCAGGGCGCUUGCAGAAGUCCAUGGGGGGUGAAUCGGCCGAGGAACCUUUAAAUGACAUUGUCCCGACCGAUUACCAUGGAAUUUCUUUCGAUGAAUGGCUUGAUAUCUUCCUUCAGUAUGCUCUCCUUGUGACUGAUCAGGGUGAGCAUGAAGAAGCAUAUGAAACUCUCGAAGCUGCCGACCAUGCCAAUAUUUGGCACAAUGUCAAAGCCAAAAAGCAGUUGGUCCAUGUUUGCUGGUUCACUUGUGCAAUCCGAGCCCACGAUGAAGAAACUCUCCUAGACCAGGCUCGUUGGUUCGUUAAGGAGUACCAAUUUAUUACCGACACGUAUCGGAUCUUUGCGAUGCUGAGCAGCUUUUCAAACAAUCGAAGGAAGACAAUCUUCAAUAAUUCCGCCAGCAUGAAAUUUAUGUUACGCCAGAUCAAGGCGAUGGAUUACACUCUACCAGAAUCUUGCGGCCGGCCCAACCAUACCCGAAAUUCUAUCUGGAAGGAGCGUGCCUCUCUUUCGACUCGUGACGAAAAGGGCGAGCCCAUCCCCGCAGGAGAACUGGAUUCCGCUCUGCUUGUUCUUUACGGCCACAUGCUUUACUCCGGAGGCAGUUUCUACCCUGCUCUAAAUUACUUCUUCCGUGCAUACGCCUUGGAUGACCAGAACCCCGGUGUUCUUCUCUCCAUUGCUCUUUCUUACAUCAAUCACUCUUUCAAGCGACAAUCUGAGAACCGGCAUUUCCUUAUCAUGCAGGGCCUCUCUUUCAUGGAUGAAUAUCGCCUCGUCCGAGAAAAGCCCGGGUCACUUCUUCAAGAGCGCCAGGAGAUGGAGUUUAAUUUUGCGCGUGUGUACCAUGGCCUUGGGUUGACUCAUCUGGCCGUUGAGGCAUACAACAAGGUGCUCAAGCUGGGCGAUGAUAUCCAGAGAAAUGCCCAACAAGAAACGGAUGGCAACGAUGUGGUGAUGGGCGAAGCAGACCAGGCCCCGUCCAGUCAAUUUGUUGAGAAUUCCUCUCACGAAGCUGCUUUUGCUCUGCAAACUCUGCAUGUACUUGCUGGCAAUGCAAAGCUUGCAAAGGAGGUGACCGACAGGUGGCUUGUCAUUUGA